UCAAUUGUCAUGUCAAGAUAUUUUUGUAGACAUAACCUAACUUAACAUAACCCUAAGAAAAAAUAUACUUUUAAGCAAAAUAACAAUUAAGCUAAUCAGAAAAAUGCAGCGGGACAGACGUGCGAAUGCGGGCAACCGCAUGGCGAAACUUCUCGACGAAGAGGAAGAAUGCCAGGACGAAUUUUACAAGCAAAACUACGGUGGUUUUGAGGAGACGGAAUCAGACAAUGAAUACGAAGCCGAAGAGGAAGGGGACGAUAUAGUGGACUCGGAUUUCAGUAUCGAUGAGAACGAUGAGCCGGUUUCUGACAACGAAGGGGAAGGCGAGCAGAAAAAGAAAAGGAGGCUCAUUACAAAAGCAUAUAAGGAACCAGUCCCGACUCAGAAAAAGGAGAAGCAAAAACCAAAAAUCAUAAAGAUUACACCAAAACCUAGAACUAGUUUACAACAUGCGAUUCAUGAAACUUAUGAAAGGAAAUCAAUCAGGAAGUCAACAGCUGCGAAAUCAGCGGCGACUGCCCAGAGGAUAAAAGUGAGGGAUUUGGAGCAGAGGAAAAAAGUGAAGAAACCCAAGGAGGAAGAAUGGGUGCCUACUCAGGAAGAACUACUGGAGGAAGCCAAAAUAACAGAACUGGAAAAUAUUAAGUCACUAGAGAAAUACCAAAAAAUGGAAAGCGAGAAGAAGACAAAGAGGCCGAUAAAGAAAGUGUUUUCUGGUCCUACGAUUCAGUAUAGAUCAACCAGGAUGCCAGUAAUAGAAGAAAUUGACAAUAGUGAAAAUGGCGUUAAAAAGGAAAACAUCAAACCGUCGAAAGAAUAUCACGAACGAACGUUUAUAACAAUACUAAAUGAUCCUAAUAACAUAAUUUACAAAAAGAUAUUCAACGUUAAACCUCCCCCUGUCCCACCGAAGAAAUUGAAAUGUGUUGUUACCGGUUUACCUGCAAAAUAUGUCGACCCGGUGACUUGCGUCCCAUACCACAACAGCUCGUGCCUGAAGAUCGUGCGGAUGGCAUACUACGACUACCUCGAGAAUAACGGCGAUCGUAACAACGGCAUAGUGGCGGAUUUCCUCAGGUGGUACUCGAAGAACAAACGAAGGCUGAGGAGUGAGAUGUUGAUGUCGGAGCAAAAGGUUCUGUUUCAGUAAGGGAUUGGGCGAGUAUUAUGAAAGUGGAAUUGUAUUUAAUUUUUUUUUAAAUAAAUAUUCAUUUAUAUAAUAGUUUUUAA